CACUGCGCUCCCGCGGCUCCUUUCUGCCCGGCCGGCAGGCUCGCGUCCCGGCGCUGAAGAUGGCGGAGGGCGGCGCGGCCCCCCCCGUCCUGCUCUUCCUCCUCUUCCUCCUUGAAGGGGCUGCGGGAGCAGAUGGUUGCUGCAGCCCAAGCCAUAGCAGAAGAAAGAAGAAUCCAAAGUGGCAUGAGCCCUCUUGCAGUCCAGACCUCAAUAAAUAUAAAGACAGCAACUAAACCAGUGAUAGAUGGCUCCACUCUGAGAACAGAAGAAAGACAAAGGCUGGCCAGGGAGCGUAGAGAAGAGCGAGAAAAGCUACAUGCUGCCAAAGAGACACAGAUCCUGGAAAAGGAGAGAAAAGCAAAACUCCAGUAUGAGAAACAGUUAGAAGAAAGGCAGAGGAAGCUAAAAGAACAGAAGCAGAAAGAAGAGCAGCGGAGGGCAGCGGUGGAAGAAAAGAGAAAACAAAAGAUAGAGGAGGAAAAGGAGCGAUAUGAAGCCGUUAUGCAUCGCACCCUGGAACGGAACCAGCGGCUGGAGACGCGACAGAAGAGAUGGUCAUGGGGAGGCUCUGUAACUCCAGAUUCAGAGGGCAAACCUGAACAACAGACUGCUGAUGAAGGUGGAACUGAUGGCAGCAAGAGGUCCACCUCCACAGCAAACCUCAAGCAGACAGAAGCUGUCAUGACCAAACGGUUAUCAUCGUCUGCAGCGCUCCUCAACGCUUCCGAUCGAGGUACCGCAAAGAGAAGUGCCUCAUUAAACAGGCUGAAUAACAAAGUUCCUCUGCAUUCUCAGCAGUCAGCACUCAAAGGUUCACAGGUGGAACAGAAAGGAGGAACAGAAAAGAAGAGGAGCACAUCUUUGAGUAGAAUGAGUAGUAAACCCCAAUCCUCUCCAGACCUAGAAAAAGUGAAAAAGGAAGAAAAAACAGCUCGUCGCUCCCAGCUCAGUCCUCUGGACAGUAGCGUAAUCAGUCGCCUCCUCGCCCCCACACAGGCCUCUUUAGCUAGGAGUAAAAGUGCUGCUACAUUGUCGGCUGAUGGACAAGAUCCCUCAGAAUCUCACCUCUGUCCUCGUUCAGCUUCAGCCAGUUCCAUCAGUUCCCCAGUCCCAGCUCCUAAAGUGCCUGUGCGCAGUCGUAGCAUCGACAGGUUGAAGUCCUCUGUCUCCUCAUCUGAUGCAAGCUCACCGGAUUCAACUCAGAAAUCAGAGACUGAGAAAGCAUCGCCAGGUUCUGGAUUCAGGCGCCCUCCCUCGCCAUCUGUGUCUGCCCACCGAAGAUCCCCUUCUCCUGCUAAUGUGAUGAAACGUCCUCCCUCACCAUCUACACUUAGGCAAAAGACUCGCCCACCUUCACCUACUGUGUCAAAACAAAGGCCACCAUCUCCUACUCCAGUCUCUAAACCAACACCAAUCCAACGGCUGCCUCUCACACCAAGUGUUAUAAACAUUACCAAAAAGAAAACUGAAGUAGAGAGCAAACCAAAGGAUAAGAGCACAGAAGGAGCAGGGCAAGAACAAGGUGCUUCACCAGCCUUGGACAGGGAUGCAGCAGCAGCUAGCACAAAGACCAAAGAAGAAUCAGGUAGCAAAACUGUAGCAGGGACCACCACAGCUGAGGAAGCUGCUAAAAUCUUGGCAGAGAAGCGGCGUCUAGCACGGGAGCAGAGAGAGCGCGAAGACCAAGAAAGAGUUCAGAGACAGGAAGAGGAAAGACUCAGAGAAGAGGAGAUGGCCAGGAGAGCACUCGAGGAACAGGCACGACAGGAGGAGAUGCUCCGCCAGCAGGAGGAGGCAAAGAAGGUGGCUUAUGAAGAACAGCAAAGACAAGCUGAAGAGGAGAGGAUCCGCAGAGAGCAGGAGGAGCAGGAAAAGCUUGCAGAGCUUCAACACCAGAGAGAAGAAGCUGAAGCAAAAGCUCAAGAAGAGGCUGAAAGACAGAGGCUGGAAAGGGAAAGGAUUAUGCAGCAAAAUAAGCAAGAAAGGCUGGAAAGAAAAAAGAGGAUUGAAGAAAUAAUGAAGAGGACACGGAGAUCGGAUCAAAGCGAGUCCAAGUUGCAGAAUGAAGGGAAGGCUGCCUCUGAGGCUAUGGAGGGAGAGGAUAUUGAAGAGGAGGAAGAGUUGGGUCUUGAGAAGACUGAUCAGCCAGGAAAGCUAAAUGGUGUUGACUUACCCCAGGAAGUCAAGGGAGAAGAAGGUGGUGCUUUAGAAACUGCCCCCAGCUUGACCUCUGCAGACUCUAAGGAACCAGAUGUGUCAGAGCUGAAGGGCAGUGAAGUGUUCAUGAAUGGAAGUGACUUGAAAAGUGAUGAGGGAUCUCCACUUGUUGCUGAGUUAAAGGAUUCCAGUCAUUCUGCAGAGGAAGUGGUUGUUGAUGACUCAGUGAAGCUGGGGGUUAAUGAAGCUGACCAUCCAGUUGGACUCAUUCAGAAUCUUAAUGGCAAGUCUGGCUCGUGGACUUUUGAGGAGUUGAUUGACGUUGGAGUACAUUCCAGGUCAACCAAGCUGAGCUCAGACAGCAUCUCUGCUGGGGACUGUAAACAAAACUUGAAUGAUGCUGCUGCUACAUUACCUUCUAGUCCCAAAUUGGCUUUUGAGGAAGAUGGUGCAGUGAAUUCAUUGACCAAACCUAUAGAUGCUUCAUCAGGUAAUCCAAGCUGAUUUCCUUCUCUGUCUCUUCCUCUGCCUCUAGGUAAUUCACUUCCUUGUGUUUUACUCUCCUUGCCUUAACUUCAGCUUCUUCUUUCUGAGGCACUUUUUCCUAUGUGUUGACUGGAGGAAAAGUUUGUUUUUUUCUUUAGUGCUUGCAACUUGCAUUCUGUCAAAAGGAGUCACCAACUGAUGGCUCUUUUAGAGCCUUGCUUUAGGCAGCAACCUAGGCCUGGCAUGAAGGCUCUUCCAAAGACACAGCUGAGCCCCUCUGAAGCGCCUGUUAUCUCCUACUAGCACUCAGGCCCAUCUGUUGUAUGUUUAGGCUGCUUCUAUGCUGCCUUAAAUGGCACAUGUUACAUUUGAAGAUACUAACAGUUCAGAAUGUAUCUGAUGUGACUCUGCAAAUUAAACCUUUCCACUCCUAAACAUGUUCUGUAACUUUCUGAUGCUGGCCUGUGUGGUCUUACAAGGCGUCCUCAGGCUCUGGCAAGGUAUUACCUCCCUGUUGUGCUUACUGUAGAGUAGUCUUUCACUUCCUUGAGGGGGAGUAACACCAACCUUAAAUUCUCCAGACAGUUGUGUUGCCUUUUGAGAGGAGUAACAGAGCUGCACAUAACAAUACUUUGAAUUUUCCAGAAGAAGCAGGGUUGCAUCUGAAGCCUCAGGUACUUGAAGAGGCCCAUCCCUGCUGCAGUACAAGCAUAGCAGAUCAGAGAGGCUUCAAGAAGUGGGAGUUAGGCUAAACAACUCCGGUCUUGGAGCUGAACCCCAAACAGCAGGGCUCUUUCCAUGAGAGAAUGAGGAUGUGAUCAUUUGAACCAAGUGGCAGUGGAGAAACCCAGAACCUGUUAUCCACAUACUCCUUUGAGUGAUGUGUAGCACUUUUGGCUCCAUUAAAGGGUAGCACUUUUCCAGCCUGAAUUGUUUCCCGAGUCUCCUCUGUCGCUCUGCGUCUCUCUGUGCCUCAGCCCCAUGGGCACAGCCCUACUGAGGCUUCCCUUUGAGGCCACAGCUCACUGGACCAUGGGAAUAGAUGGACCUAAUGUGGUGCAGCUGCUUGUUCUGAUCAACCCCAUUAGCUUUUCACUAAAGAAAGCCUUGCCUUUACAUUUAGAGCUUUAAUUAUGGUUAGGAUUAAGAUUGAUGUUCGUAGCUUGGAAAGUUAACUUAUGUCUAAAAAAAAGAAGCUGCUGUGCUGGUUUUUGGACUGUGAGUGAGCAAAUGGUUGUGUGCUGACUUGCUGGCUUUGACAGAGUUGUGAGUUGUUAAAUGUUUUCUUCUCUUUGCUCUCUGGACAGAACUGUGAACACUAGAGACCUGGAAAUAAUCUGAUUGCACUUCAGUGUAUUUUAGCCAGUACCGAAGGCCUUGUUUUGAAAAGCUGCUUUGUUUACCUUUGUCCAUCUUCAAGUUUGCAAAACAAAACACAAAACCAUCAGGGGAGGGCUGACAAACUUUGUCAUUUUGCACCUUGAAACAUUUCAGGGAAGCUCUUUGUGCUGAUGUUCUCUUUUCCAUUUGUUUAGCUAACUGUUAGGGAAGAUUUCCUUGUUGUGUUCUCGUUCCUUUGGCUUCUACAGGCUUUGCUAUAACCUGGUUGGGUCUGGGAGGCAGGGAGGGGAGGAGGUUAUUGGCAUAGCAGUAUCACAGCGAAGUGCCACUGGCCACAUUUUGCAUGUUCUUAAGUUGGCACUUGGAAUCAAAGAGUCCUUCAGGGGGUGUUGAAGCUGACCUCCCUUUGUAACACUCUCAAAACCUGCUGUUGCUCCUUGGUUUGUGUACUGCUGACAAAGAAAUCCUCAGAUUGGAGUGGGGAAGGAAACUUCUAACAUCAAGAGAUUGGCAGUUUCAGAAUACAGCAUUGAACCACCACCAACGUUGUAGUCUGUUGGCAAACAGCAAAAGCCAUCACAGCAGAUGCACUGACCCUGAUGUUGAGUACCUGGUUUUGUCUGUCCCAGUGCAGCUGAACGUGUCAUGCUUUUACAAGUGGUUUCCUGUUGAGUUACUUAACUGAGCAGUUAAGUUACUUCUUAUUUAUCUACAUUUAUGGAAGUACUAUUUUUUUUGUGUACAUAACAGUAUUAGACCACUGAGUUCAUGUUUUGUUCAUUGUUAAUUAUUCUAAGUGUUCCUGUUCUAGCUUUAUAACAGUGGCUGCAAGCUGCAUAAAUAUAUAUAUAUAUACACAUAUAUAUAUUUCCCUUCCCCUAAAGCCUGCAUUCAGCCAUCUACUUAACCCAAAUUUGCUUGCUUUUUUACAGCACGCAGAGAUUAACUAAGCAUCUUCUGAGAACUGCUACUAAAAGGCAGAAUGCAGCCUUGUUCAUGUCCCCUGCAACAGAUGUAGUAGGUCAGUGAUCACCUCUUUGAAAGACUGGCUGUCUCAAAUCCUGCCUCAUCAAUCCAGACCAAUCACCCAAGUGGCAGCUGCGUUGUCGGGGUGAAAUGCAAAUGGGUUUGCUGGCACUAAAUGCGUCCUCCCCUCAGCAGGGCAGUUAGGAUAGGAAACCCUCAGCAGUCUUACUCGUGCUGUUUGCGGUUCAGAACAUGGUUAGAACUCUUUUAGACCUUAGAGCAGUGCCUUAGGUAAAAGGAGAAAUGUAUUUUUGUAUGAUAGCAGUUUCAUGCUGGCAGAGACAAUCGUUCUAACACAACAAAAAGAUGCUGAGACUAUGGAUUUCUUUCUUCCUGUGCUGAUAAUAUUUGUUGAAUGCUCUGUUACAACUCUCUGUAAAUAUCUGCUCCCUGUUAAAUAAACUUUGCAGUUGAACAAUG